GUCUCAUUAAAAGGGUGAGGAAUACAAAGGUUAAGGGAUGUAAAUGAAUACAGAAUGUGGCUCAGAUCUCUUUUUUCUCUCACAGCUUGGUUUCCAUUCAUGCGUAAAGCUGUUAGUUUUACGUCAAACCGCCUCAGGACGGUUCAGUGUGUAUUGGCCCACAUUUAACCCCUUAUGUAUUCACAAUAUGCACAGCCAUGGGCCUCCACCGCUGCACAUCUGAUCUAUUUAUUGUGUCAUGUGUUCGCUGCUGCAUUCUCAUUGAAAAUCCGUGGAAGGGCAGCACAGAUAGAAGGUGGAGGGAGGGAGGGACUGCCUGCGCCUCACAACGUCUCCGUCUCACGUUUCCCAGCUGUAGUAAAGUGGUGGAGUCAGCAGCCUGCGCCAUUAAAGCCGGCCAUUUCAUCCAAAGGUGAUAAAACGGCUCAAAGGCACAUCAGCCUCUACAGUGGAUUUUCACUCCGUGCGCACCACGGGUGGGCCGAUCCACAGUGGGACAGGGGUGCGAGGCGCGGCUAUGGCCCUGCAACCGCUGCGAUGAGUGACGGCGGCAGCUGCGGCGCUGGAAGAAGAGUCUUCUCAUGGGAUUUAGCGGUUGUGAAGCGCCUGAUCUGGAGGGAAGGUGAGGAGCGCACAUGCCUCCAGAAAAACGGGCGACAACAAGACUCUGACCGAUGAGCGCCGACCGGUGAGGAGACGCACCGGUACCUCCAAAGCCAAAGGGUUCGGACUACAUAGUAUGGGAGCGCUAUGUUGUCCAGGAAGGGAAUUAUUCCUGAAGACUUCUUGCUGACACGUUUGGCAGAGGAUGUCCAGCAGCCCAAGUUUAAGGCGAAGGCGAGGAAAGCUCGGUUCGUCGCCAAAAACGGCACCUGCAAUGUAGCGCACACCAACAUCCGAGAGCAGGGCCGGUUUCUGCAGGACGUCUUCACCACUCUGGUGGAUUUAAAAUGGCUCCACACGCUCAUCAUCUUCACCAUGUCCUUUCUGUGCAGCUGGCUCCUUUUUGGGAUGAUCUGGUGGCUCAUCGCCUUUGCGCACGGGGACUUGGUCCAGAGCGGAGAGGACUUUGUUCCGUGCGUAACGGACAUUCACUCCUUCUCCUCAGCCUUUCUCUUCUCCAUAGAAGUUCAGGUAACCAUCGGCUUCGGGGGUCGGAUGAUCACAGAGGAGUGCGUCUCCGCCAUCAUCAUCCUCAUCGUGCAAAACAUAGUCGGAUUGGUCAUCAAUGCCAUCAUGCUCGGCUGCAUCUUCAUGAAAACUGCGCAGGCCAACCGGCGCGCAGAAACUCUCAUUUUCAGUAAACACGCCGUCAUCUCCGUCCGAAACAACAAACUGUGUUUCAUGGUGCGCAUAGGGGACCUGAGGAAAAGCAUGAUCAUCAGCGCCACCGUGCGGAUGCAGGUGGUCAGGAGAUCCACAACGCAGGAGGGUGAAGUGGUUCCUCUGGACCAGAUCGACAUCCACAUGGAUAACCCGGUGGGAACCAACGGGGUCUUCCUGGUGUCGCCCCUCAUCAUCUGUCACGUGAUCGACAAGGACAGCCCUCUGUAUGACCUGUCCGCCGCUGACCUUCUCAACGAGGACAUCGAGGUGAUCGUGGUGCUGGAGGGGGUGGUGGAGACCACGGGCAUCACCACGCAGGCUCGGACCUCCUACGUGUCGGAGGAGAUCCUGUGGGGGCAGCGCUUCGUGCCCACCGUGUCCGAGGAGGAUGGCAUGUACGCCGUGGACUACUCCAAGUUCGGAAACACUUCCAGAGUCCCGACCCCCUGCUGUAGCGCAAGGAGACUGGAUGAGGUGGGAGGCAUCGCUCAGUUUAAGCUGAACGAGGGCGUCACCUUGCGGGCGUCGGUGAGAAGGCGGAGGGGGGCUGCGGCGGUCCGAAGAUCCAAGAUGGACACUUAGAUCUGCGUAACCGUGUCUGCCUGCUUUUUGUAUAAGAAUGAUUUUGAGAUUAAUUUUUAUUAGGUUGAGGAUUGAUAAGUGACAGGUCGUAUUUAUUUUAUACUGUUAUGAAAUGGUUGAAUAUUCAAAUGGAAGCCUUUGCUUUUUUCUCAGGGUCCGAGUAAAAACGCACAGAAACUGAAUGCACUGAAGUCAGACAGAUGGUGACACUUCAGAUCCACAAUGAGCAGAAGGUCCAGUUGAAUCUUUCCACAAGACUUGAGGGCUCUAAAGCUGUACUGUAAACUGUUAAACACUGACUGCACUGCAUGUACCAGAAUAAAUGUAAGACAAUGCUUCCUUUUAGAUGUGUUGUGGAUGGAAAUGGAAAAUUAACUUUGAUGUCAGGUUUGUGUUGCUCUUCUAUACUUAUACAUGGCCUUAAUGACAAACUGUUGAUGUCAUUUAAUGUAACCCUUUUCUUAGUUUUAAAGACAAAUCCAACUUUUAAUAACCAUACCAGGCUGAAUUGUGCCCCAAGUGUCAAAACUCUUCCAGUAUGUGACUGAUAUUCUUAUAAAAUUACAAAACACACAAGACAAACAGUGGCAUUUCUCUCUUUUAUUAGAUUAUAAUCCGCAGAGCUUAAAAUAUUAAAUUGCUUUUAACUUAGUUAAUAAUUAAAAUACUUAAAAACGAGAGCCAGAACUGAAGAACCCUGCAAAAAAAAGGAAAUUAAAAUAAAUAAAAAAGGAGAAUUAUAUAAACCCAAUCCUCCUCUCAUACAGAGGCUAUAUCUGACAGAACCCGCUUGCGAUUCUUUGUACAGUAAAGUCCAAGCAGACUGUGCAUUUUCUAUACAUGUGUGAUGAUACCAUUGUUGUUAUUUCUCAACUAAUUCUUCUCUGAUAAUCUUUUUUAAAAACAAAUUUUACAUGGACAUGUAAGAACAAAAAGAAAGGAGUUUAGUUUCGCACUGGGAGUACUGGUGACUGAACAGCUCCACACCAUCCCUUUCACCCCCGUCUCUCUGUCUCUGUCUUUGAGUUUCCCUCUCGGCCUGCAGACAUUACCUCAUGUCUUUGUCCUUCUCUUGUGCUGUGGAUGGGUGGGUAGGUGGGUGUUGGUGGUUUAAGGGGCUGCAGCAGAGUUCGAACAUCAAACUGCUUUAAUUUAGCCACAAACGGACACCAGUCGGCAUCAUAGCAUCGAUUCUCUGAUCAGAUUAAAUAUCUAAUAUACAAUCUUUCUAUUUUCUUCUCUGUCUCCCUGUAUUUGUGGCUCUCUGUCGCCCACUACAGGUUGGUUCUGGGUGGUUAUUAUGACUGUGUGACUAUACACAAACAACAUCUGUAAUACAGAGGAUUGAACAGUCUGGUGAACAAGGGAUAGAGACAGAGAAUGAAAAAAAGAGAGUAGACUCUCUGGCAGCAGUGACAUUUUCUCUCAGUUCCUGAGUAGGAAACGCUUUAAUCAUCCCCCAGAUAAGCAACCCAAACAGUGAUUGGCUAGUAUCUCCCCCCUCCCCGUCAGGCAGUAACUUGGCUCCCCACUGGCCGGCGCUGUGGCCGGUGGUCAGCGGGGACGCCUCUUCUCCACACGUGAACAACACUGUACAAUAGUAGGUUGAAGCAAAGCAGAGCCCCCUUCCUGUACUGUAUGUUAGGUAGAGGAUAAAGGGAGGUGAAAGGGCCGACUAAAACACCGCCCACCCCCUCCCCGACUGAGAAACAA